CAUUACGGAGAGCUCUAUCCCUCCACUUAGAUGGGAGCAGGAACACAUUACGGAGAGCUCUAUCCCUCCACUUAGAUGGGAGCAGGAACACAUUACGGAGAGCUCUAUCCCUCCAUUCUCUCCUGCUCCCACUCUCAUCCUUCACUAUAUUUUCCCUACCUCUAUUUCUCUCUCCCUCUCUUUAUAUGUUCUCUAUCAUUUCACUGUCUCUGUUCUCUCCUCCGUCUCCCCUCUCUCUCUCUCUGUUCUACUUGAUUAGGCUAUCAGAUCGAGAGCAGAAUGCUGGGCUGUGGCUGUGGCUGUGGCUGGAUCCAUCUGCAUACAGUGAUUAGUAUGAAGCCCUGGGUGAGCCCACACAGCUCUUAGGCCACUAAUGCAAUCACAACCAUUAGGAUAUGAUGGAAGCUGUGUAGCUCAGCUAUUACUGACUGUCUGAUGGACUGAGGCCCUGUCUAGUGCUUUAUUGAGGAGGUCCUAUACUUCACUUGCUCAUCAGUUCACAUUUGAUCUGUGGCCAUCUGCUCAGUGACACUGUUUGUUCGUCAUGACGACUUAGUCAAAGGUGCUGGAACAUGAUCAUUCAGGGUUAGUUGUUAAGGCCUGUGACAAGGUUAGAAGGAAGGAAGGAACGGGCCUUGCACAAACAACACUGUGCUUGUGUGUAUUUGGGGGGUACUUGUGCCUCUCAUCACGCUUCUAAAGGUUGAGGGGACUACGAGAGAUGGAGAGAUUGGAGGAAUGAAAGAGACAGAGGGAAAGUGAACGAAUGUGUGUGUGUGUUUUAUGGCUGAUCGGAUCCAUGGAUGGGCUGAUCUCUCCCUUUUGUCUGUCAAUCUCCCCCUUUCUCUGUUUCGUAGCUAAAUCUGUAUGUAAUUUGCUGUCCUUAGAACACAACAACGCUGUGUUGCUUUGUACACGCUUUUAUAGACAGAGAAGGGGGAGAAUGAAUCUGUAUACUGUGGGGUUGGCAUAGCAACUGCCUUUCCAACCAUUAUUGCUCUAUGUGUUGUAUUAUUCCUCUGUCACAUCUGUUUCACACCAUGUCUGACAUAUGCUUCAGAGGUGUGGCCUAACCUUUCCAAUACAAAGCACCCAAAUCACUUUUUCUCAAGGUCUUUACACCAAUCUCGCCAUCUUUCUUGCAGACCCCUAACCUUUAUGGGGGGCAUAGGUAUCCCCCUCCAUCUUUCUGUCUUUCCCAAUUUCUCUCUUGAUCACUCACCUCUCCCCUCCUCUCUCUGGGCCAGCCCUCUCCUUCUGGGCCAGCCCUCUCCUUCUGGGCCUGCCCUCUCCCUCUGACCACUGAUUGUCUCCGUCUAGUUUGUCUCUCUCUCUCUGUCUGGUAAAGUUGUAUGGACAGCAGCGUCCCUUGACGUCACUGUCUUCUUCCUAGGAUGCCUCUCUCUCCCCGUGACCCUCAACCUUUCCCCGAGGCUUGUAUUUUGGUCGCGCGAUCGCUGGACCCGCCACUCUCCAGCGGUGACCUGUCGCCCCGACCCCAGAGCAUCCUCGCUCCACACUCCUGCACUUUCCCUCCUCUUCCCCUCUCCUCUAUCUCUCUCUCUCUCUCUCUCUCUCUCCCCCCUCUCUCUCUCUCUCUUUCUCAAGCUGUAAAUUCAGUGACAUCUCCUCUCUUUCUCCAUACCUCUCUGCCCGUCUACAAACUGCCAUUUAAUAUUAUCAUGACUGUUCAGUUCACUGUUAAGGUCUGGAAGUUUUGCCCCCAUCGUCUCCAUUACAAUGACUAUGGUCGGUCGGCGAUGAGGCACUGGUUGUGAUACAGGGAAGGAGAGUUGACAUAUGGCAGGUGCCGUAAUAGUUUAGUAAUCCGUUGGAAUCGUACCCCCGACGACAUGAUGCGCUUUAUUAUCUGCAAUAUUCCCUAAUCGCAAAGAAGAUUAUUAGGCUACAGUGAGAAAAGGUGCUGUCACAUUUCAUAAUCUUCUCCUACACAACACAAUUCCACGCGCACGUUACUCCCUCAUCCGGUUAGAGCGCAUAGGCUUAAUAUUCUAUUAAGAAAAAGCACAAUAUGGAAAACACAUGAGAGUGUGUGUAGCCCUACACUGUGCAUAAUCAUAGGCUCAUGGUUGAAAAUAAGAGAAUUACUUAGAUAAUAUGCUAUGACAUCAAAACUCCUAAGGCUGGUUGAGGUAGCCUAUGUGAAGGGAAAACUAGGCUGUAACACCAUGGCUAUACUAUCCUAUCAGCCUAUAAGCAUGGCUCAAUCUAGUAACAUUUAUAUUAGCGCUUAUUGUUUUUUCAUAUAAAUGGACCUGCAAUCUGAUGAUAGGCUAGGAGGCUAUAGCCCUAUCAUAAGAAUCAUGCACUAUAGGCCUAUUUAGGUUUAUUAUGACUCUUGAUGUAGGCUAUCAGCAGUGGUGUAAAGUAUUGAAUAAAAAUACUAUAGCUACUUAAGUAGUUUUUUUGGGCAUCUGUACUUUACUAAUUAUAUUUUGUACUUUUACUUUACUACAUUCCCGAAGAGAAUAAUGUACUUUUUACUCCAUUCAUUUACCCUGACACCCAAAAGUACUUAUUACAUUUUGAAUGCUUAGCAGGACAGGAAAAUGGUCCAAUUUAUGCACUUAUCAAGAGAACAUCCCUGGUCAUCCCUACUGCCUCUGAUCUGGCAGACUCACUAAACACAAAUUCUUCAUUUGUAAAUUAUGUCUGAGUGUUGGAGUGUGCUGCUGGCUAUCAGUAAAUAAAAAAUAAAAAAUAGUGCUGCCUGGUUUGCGUAAUAUAAAGAAUUUGAAAUUAUUUGUACUUUUAAUUUUUGUAUAUUUUAGCAAUUACAUUUACUUUGAUACUACUUAAGUAUAUUUAAAACCGAAUACUUUUAGACUUUUACUCAAGUAGCUUUUUACUGUGUGACUUUUACUCGAGUCAUUUUCUAUGAAGGUUUCUUUACUUUACCUCAAGUAUGACAAUUGGGUACUUUUUUCCACCACUGGCUAUCAGAUAGGUGGGCUAACAGCCGCUCCUCGGUCAAACUCUGAUUGGGAACAGGUCUACUAUUACGCGUCUCUAAGUCUCCUGUGUCGCUCUGCAAACUCAGCACCUUCAUUUCCCUCAUCCUGAUUGCGAUGUCUUAUAUCGCACUGACCACGGACAAUUUACCCCACGAGAAGGUAGACUCCAGUUGUCCUAAGUGACCACAAUCAGAGACCGCAGGAAACUUACCGGAGGCGGCCUCAUCCGCCGGCCACUUAGCAGAGGCGCGCCCCUCUAUAUCUCCCACUCUCUUGACUAUUGAGCUCUCUUUGUUGUCUUUGUUUACUAGCGAACAAUGAAUUGUUGUCGAGCAAUGACCCGUUUUCCAGCAUUCAAUUAGGCCGAUCUUAAUUUAACAGCGUUUGUUGACAUUAGCUUAAAGGUCGAAAAGCCUAUUGGUUUUCACCUGUAGCUGUCUAAUUCUGCCCGUCAAAAAAUUCUGCCCGUCAAGACUUGUCUAUUGUUUUUGUCUGUGUAUGUUUUUGUUUAUUGUAAAAAAUAAAAAGUUAAAUAAAAUAUUAGAAAAUAAGACUUAUUUUUGUAUUUAAAAAAAACUGUUCACCCAUGCUCACGAGCUAUAAUAAUAAUAAAUACAAAGUUGUGUGUAGGCUACUCACAAGAACGAAUGAAUUCCGCACGCUGUCAGAGAGGAUGUCGGCUAUAUUACAGUUUCCCGGAGAACUGUGAGCAAAUGUAACAGUUGCAUUACAUAAGCUAGUAGUAAUAUUAGCCUAUAUGAUCAUGAUCCAUAAUAGUGUAAUAUAAUUUAUAUUCGCGUUGUUAUUAUGGGGGUUCGACGGGAAAGAACGUCUGGAUGGCUUGAUAAAAAUGUAUUUGUAGUUUUUCUUGUCUUCAUAAUUACCCAGUGACUGUCCAAUGAGAAUUACAGGGAGGGGAGGCAGAGAGCGAGAGCAAGCGAGAGAGAGUGAAGUUGAGAGAGACGUAUUCGGAGAGACAGUGUGAGCGAUAGAAUGAGUGAGUGAGGAGUUACAUAGUAAAUCAUAUUUGUCAUUUAUAGGCUACCUUUCUCCGUUUAGCAUAGCAUGUUUGUAUGUAGAUGUCGGGUAGUCUAGCGAUUCAGUUAUUUUAUAUGGUGAGAAUGCUGACGGAGAUUUUCAUAUCAACAGUAGGUUCAUAAUAUAAUCAUGAAAGAUUAUUCAGUUAUUUCAUUUUAAGGACAUUUGAAAUAAUCGAUAUGGGUGAUAUCAAUUCAUUGAUCCCUGGACUGACGGAGAUAAAGACUGAUUGAUUUUACAACGGCGAAUUGAGGGAAGGAAUCACCCAGCACAGAGAGAAGGAAGGGAACCAGUGAAUUGGGAGAAAUCAAGGCGCUCUGUUUCCUGUGAGGACCUGUCGCUGGUCUAGCACAUAGAAGAAGGGAAGCAAAAGAGGAUGGAAUGGCCGUGACAACAUGAAAAAGAAAAGGUGUGGGGGUCUAUUUUCAUCCAGCCAGUGAUUCAACACGACUGACCGGGGGACAGAGAAGGGGAAGAGAAGUUUCAUAAUUAAACCCCAUCUCUCUUCUAAUUCUAAUGUUUCUUCUGUACUUCUCUUUCCAUUUUUCUCUCUCCUUUUCCUUCCUCUGUCUCCCCGUUAGGUAGAGAGUGGCCUGUCGCCCUCCGGCCCCCACCAUGGAGCCCCCUCCCUCUCUGAGCUUGACUCUCCUGGGAGGCAGUGAGGACGAGGACCCGCGGUUCUCCCUCCCUCUGAGUGGAAUCUCCCACUCCUCCAUGACCGGCAACUACCCGGGAUCACACCACUCCAACCACAGGGGGGGAUCCAGCCUGGACCGGCUGAAUGGGUCCCCCACCACACCUAACAUGCCCAAGGCCUCCCUCCCCAAACUGCCUCUGUCCUCAGUGGGGGGUCAACCCCUGCCCCCCCUCCCCAAUGCCCUUCACCCCACCAGCACCCCUAUGUCCUCGUGCCUGGGUUCCCAGCACAGCCUGAGUGGAGACAACUCCCCAGUCUACAACGCCCUCUUCUACUCCUCACACUCCCCUUCCAUGGAGAGAGAGAGGGACAGGGAUAGAGAGAGGGACAGGGAUAGAGAGAGGGGAUGUAAGCACCGCCAGGCCAGCCCUCUGGUCCAUCGGAGAGACAGCAACCCUUUCACGGAGAUCGCCAUGAGCUCCUGUAAAUACACAGGCGGCGUGAUGAAACCUCUCAGUCGCCUCAGCGCCUCCAGACGCAACCUCAUCGAGUCAGACAGCGGCAGCGACACCAAAGAGGGCGGGGCAGCACCUGUUACCGGCACAACUGCGAUUGGAGGGCGGGAACGGGACAGAGAGGCUCCACCCACUUCCUUGCCAUCCUCCAAUCAACCAACCCAGAAUCCUCCAGAGAUAGUGAUCUCAUCAAAAGAGGACUCGCCGUACGCGAGGGGUUAUGAUAUCACUGACUCAUCCUCCAAUCAGAUGUCAAUAUACCAUCAGAACCAUGCCUUGGCGGGGAGUAGGGGAGGUUUAAGCAGUGCAGGGGGCACAGGAGGGAGGGUAGGGGGCAGCAGGCAGGGAGGUGUAGGAGGUGUUGGGGCUGUAGGGCCAAGGGGGAGCUGCUCCAAGGCUUCUAGUUCUAAACGUAAGAACCAGAACAUUGGUUAUAAACUGGGCCACCGGAGGGCGCUGUUCGAAAAGAGGAAGAGGCUGAGCGACUACGCACUCAUCUUCGGAAUGUUUGGCAUCGUCGUCAUGGUGAUCGAGACAGAGCUGUCCUGGGGCGUUUACAACAAGAGCUCCAUGUACUCUCUGGCCUUGAAGUGUCUAAUCAGCCUGUCUACAGUCAUACUGCUGGGCCUCAUCAUAGCCUAUCAUGCACGAGAAGUCCAGCUGUGUAGAGAAAGCCAGAGAGGUGUUCCCUCAGAGCUCUUCGUCAUCGACAACGGAGCGGACGACUGGCGCAUCGCCAUGACGUUGAAUCGGGUGUUGCUGAUAUCGUUGGAGCUACUGGUGUCGGCGGUGCAUCCGGUGCCCGGGGACUUUAAGUUCCAGUGGCGGGCACGUCUGGCGUUCUCUUACGCCCCGUCCCAGGCUGAGGCUGACCUGGACAUGGUGCUGAGUGUUCCCAUGUUCCUCCGCCUCUACCUCAUCGCCCGCGUCAUGCUGCUGCACAGCAAACUGUUCACUGAUGCCUCCUCGCGGAGCAUAGGGGCCCUCAAUAAGGUGUGUGUGUUCACUGAUACCUCCUCACGGAGCAUAUGGGCCCUCAAUAAGGUGUGUGUGUUCACUGAUACCUCCUCGCGGAGCAUAGGGGCCCUCAAUAAGGUGUGUGUGUUCACUGAUACCUCCUCACGGAGCAUAUGGGCCCUCAAUAAGGUGUGUGUGUUCACUGAUACCUCCUCGCGGAGCAUAGGGGCCCUCAAUAAGGUGUGUGUGUUCACUGAUACCUCCUCACGGAGCAUAUGGGCCCUCAAUAAGGUGUGUGUGUUCACUGAUACCUCCUCGCGGAGCAUAUGGGCCCUCAAUAAGGUGUGUGUGUUCACUGAUACCUCCUCACGGAACAUAUGGGCCCUCAAUAAGGUGUGUGUGUUCACUGAUGCCUCCUCAUGGAGCAUAGGGGCCCUCAAUAAGGUGUGUGUGUUCACUGAUGCCUCCUCACGGAACAUAUGGGCCCUCAAUAAGGUGUGUGUGUUCACUGAUGCCUCCUCACGGAGCAUAGGGGCCCUCAAUAAGGUGUGUGUGUUCACUGAUGCCUCCUCACGGAGCAUAUGGGCCCUCAAUAAGGUGUGUGUGUUCACUGAUACCUCCUCACGGAGCAUAGGGGCCCCUAAUAAGGUGUGUGAGUUCACUGAAACCUCCUCACGGAGCAUUGGGGCCCCUAAUAAGGUGUGUGUGUUCACUGAUACCUCCUCACGGAGCGUAGGGUCCCUCAAUAAGGUGUGUGUGUGUGCCGGGGGCUUUGUUGUUCACUCUUUCUCUUCACUCAUUAUGUCUCACUCCUUCCAUCUUGCCUUUCUCUCAUCCUGUGUUUCUCAAUCUAUUUCUCUCCUCCUGUGUCUCUCACCAUUUCUUUCUCUCCUCCUGUGUCUGUCCAAUGAAGUAUGA